UCUAAACCAAUAAACAUUACAACAAUUACAUUAUACAAAUAAACAUGGCCAUCAUGAAUUCUAAUUCAUCUCUCUUUGUUAUGGUUGUAGUUUGCUUAAUCUCAUCUGUAUUUUGUCAAGACUUAUGUUACAACCAUUAUGACGAUACUUGUAAGGAUUUCGAAGAAAUUGUAGCAGGAAAAGUUCGGGAAUGGUUUAUCAAGGACAAAACUAUUGCUGCUAGUCUCAUUAGGCUGCAUUUUCAUGAUUGUUCUGUUCGGGGAUGUGAUGGUUCAAUAUUGCUGGAUUACCCCGGAAGUGAGAGGAGAGCCAACGCCAGUAGAACCUUGAGAGGCUUCGAUGUGAUCGAUGAUAUCAAGAAAGCACUCGAGGAAAAAUGCCCUAAGAUUGUAUCUUGUGCAGACAUCCUUACCGCUGCUGCCAGAGAUGCCACACUAUUACUUAAAGGCCCGUUUUGGUCAAACGAGUAUGGAAGGAAAGAUGGUCGGAUUUCCAUUGCCCAAGAAGCCGAAGAACUUCCCAAUGGUCAUGAAGACGUUACUUCUCUUAUCGAAUUCUACCAAUCUAAAGGUUUAAGCAUGCUCGAUUUGGUUGUUCUUUCAGGUGCACACACAAUAGGAAGGAGUUCGUGUGCCACAAUCAAAGAUCGACUGAACAGCUACCACGAAACAGGAAAGCCAGGCGUGACAAUCGAUCCAAAAUACUUGAACUACUUGAGACGAAAAUGCAAAAAUGAAACUCAAUACGUAGACCUUGAUGCCGAUACACCUUACACAUUUGACAACAAAUACUACACAAAUCUUGAACAGAACAUGGGUCUUUUAUACACAGAUCAAGUGCUGUACAGUGACCAUAGGACUUCAGAAUACGUAGCUACGUUUGCAGAUGAUAAAGAUACGUUUCAAUACAUGUUCUCGUCAUCCAUGAUCAAGCUUGGAAGCAUCUUAGGAGAUUCAGAAGAUGAUGGUGAGAUUCGACUUGAGUGUAGUAGCGUAAACUCUGGUUAUUGAUGAAUAAUAAAUGAUGGAUUAGUACUACAGUUGAAUAUAUUGUGUGUAGUUUUGUGAUCAUAACCUUUUUAAUUUCCUUUUGUAUUAUGUGCUUUGAGUUAUGUUUAGAGGGUUCUAAAAUUUUCAAGUAUUGAAAUCCUGUAAUGAUCAUUGGAAGUGUAAGUGUUCAUUGCCACACCAAUCCUUCAACUUGGGUCUCGUUGUUUUCAUUUAUAUUCAAUAAGAAGGUUCUAUAAAUUGGAAUCA